CCCGGCCCGGGCCCCGCCGUCCGUCUUCGCCCUCGGCGCCCGCAGCCAAGAUGAACCGGGGCGGCAGCAGCCCGUCGGCCGCCGCCAACUACCUGCUCUGUACCAACUGCCGGAAAGUGCUGCGGAAGGAUAAAAGAAUCAGAGUAUCUCAACCCUUGACAAGAGGACCAAGUGCCUUUAUUCCAGAGAAGGAAGUUGUCCAAGCAAACACGGUGGAUGAGCGUACUAACUUUCUCGUGGAAGAAUACUCUACAUCCGGUCGGCUGGACAACAUCACGCAGGUCAUGAGUUUGCACGCUCAGUACCUGGAGUCUUUCCUGCGGAGCCAGUUCUAUAUGCUGCGCAUGGACGGCCCCCUUCCUCUACCACACAGGCACUACAUCGCAAUAAUGGCUGCAGCUAGACAUCAGUGUUCCUACCUAAUAAACAUGCAUGUGGAUGAAUUUUUAAAGACAGGAGGUAUUGCUGAGUGGUUGAAUGGUUUGGAAUAUGUACCGCAAAGACUGAAAAAUCUUAAUGAAAUAAACAAGCUGCUAGCACACCGACCCUGGCUGAUCACGAAAGAGCACAUUCAGAAACUUGUCAAAACUGGAGAAAAUAAUUGGUCUCUGCCCGAACUGGUACAUGCUGUGGUCCUGCUGGCACAUUAUCAUGCUUUGGCAAGCUUUGUUUUUGGUAGUGGCAUCAAUCCAGAGAGAGAUCCAGAAAUCUCCAAUGGGUUCAGGCUAAUAUCAGUCAACAAUUUCUGUGUGUGUGAUCUCGCUAACGAUAACAACAUAGAGAAUGCAUCCCUUACAGGCAACAACUUCGGGAUUGUCGAUUCUCUAAGUGAGCUAGAGGCCUUAAUGGACAGAAUGAAGAGGCUUCGAGAAGAGAGGGAAGAUGAAGAGGCAUCUCAGGAAGAAAUGACCACUCGUUUUGAGAAGGAGAAGAAAGAAAGUCUUUUCGUGGUCUCUGGAGACACUUUUCAUUCAUUUCCUCAUUCAGAUUUUGAAGAUGACAUGAUUAUAACAUCUGAUGUCUCCCGAUAUAUUGAAGACCCUGGUUUUGGGUAUGAGGACUUUGCCAGACGAGGAGAAGAACAUUUGCCAACAUUCCGAGCUCAGGACUACACCUGGGAAAAUCAUGGGUUCUCCCUGGUGAACAGACUUUAUUCUGACAUUGGACAUCUUCUUGAUGAGAAGUUCCGCAUGGUCUACAAUCUCACCUAUAACACUAUGGCCACCCAUGAGGAUGUUGACACAACCACGCUGCGCAGAGCUUUAUUUAACUAUGUUCACUGUAUGUUUGGAAUCAGGUAUGAUGACUAUGAUUACGGAGAAGUUAAUCAAUUACUUGAACGAAGCCUGAAGGUUUACAUUAAGACGGUGACCUGCUAUCCGGAGAGAACCACCAAGCGCAUGUAUGAUAGUUACUGGCGUCAGUUCAAGCACUCAGAAAAGGUUCACGUAAAUCUACUUUUAAUGGAAGCACGGAUGCAAGCUGAACUACUUUAUGCGCUUCGUGCCAUAACUCGGCAUUUGACCUGAAGCAUCAUCACCCAGCGAAAAUGUCCUAUGUGUGUAAAGACCUUUUCACACAAGAUAUACAUCAGAAGCUGUUUGUGAUGUAGCAUCAAAAAUUAUUCAAUUCUCUAGUGUCAAAGUUUAGCCGUUCUUUUUGGCGGCUGUAAUGUGCAAUGAUGUGUUUUAUUUUUCUUGAUGCUUAACAUUACUAACAAUUGCAAAAAUAAUACUGAGGAGCACUACUUUGCAUUGUUUCAUAGUUGGAUUUUUUGGAUACUGAUCAUAAAUCAUGAACCUGGUUUAUUAAUGCUUAACUUCAGCGCUUUUGGGUUUGUAUGUAUGUGUAUUCUUUUCUUUUCUUUCCUUUUUUUUUUUUUUUAAUAAGGAAAAGCGCUUACAAUCUGCUCAAGCAAUUGUUUUUCAGAUAUUGGAAAUACAGCACAGAAUGACCUCCUCUGGCCAUUCUAAACUUUUAAUGUUGUGUCCUAAAUCUGGUGGAG